CACGGCUUCGCGAUUCCUCCGAGCUAUAUAAACCUCCCCCUGCGGCGGCCGCCCCGUCCACCCUCCGUCCCCCUCCUCCUCCCCAGCGCCACUCGCAUCGAGACGACCCGCGUCCGCCACGCCCCCGGAAGGCUAGGUAACUCAAUUUCUUGAUCAACAUGUCGCGGGAGGAGAAUGUCUACAUGGCCAAGCUGGCUGAGCAGGCAGAACGGUACGAGGAGAUGGUUGAGUACAUGGAGAAGGUGGCUAAGACCGUAGAUGUGGAAGAGCUCACCGUUGAGGAGCGUAACCUCCUGUCUGUUGCUUACAAGAAUGUGAUUGGGGCUCGCCGUGCCUCAUGGCGCAUUGUCUCCUCCAUUGAGCAGAAGGAGGAGUCCCGCAAGAACGAGGAACAUGUCGCUCAGAUCAAGGAAUACCGUGGCAAGAUUGAGGCUGAAUUGAGCAAUAUUUGUGAUGGUAUCCUGAAGCUGCUUGACUCGCACCUUGUGCCUUCCUCCACUGCUGCAGAGUCAAAGGUGUUCUACCUCAAGAUGAAGGGUGAUUAUCACAGGUACCUUGCUGAGUUUAAGACUGGUACUGAGAGGAAGGAAUCUGCAGAGAGCACAAUGGUGGCUUAUAAGGCAGCUCAGGAUAUUGCACUGGCUGAACUGGCACCUACCCAUCCCAUAAGGCUUGGACUUGCACUUAACUUCUCAGUGUUCUAUUAUGAGAUUCUGAGCUCUCCGGACAAAGCUUGCAACCUAGCAAAGCAGGCAUUUGACGAGGCUAUCUCUGAGUUGGACACCCUUGGAGAGGAGUCAUACAAAGACAGCACCUUGAUCAUGCAGCUCCUGAGGGACAACUUGACCCUCUGGACCUCCGACCUCACGGAGGAUGGUGCUGAGGAGGGCAAAGAAGCCCCCAAGGGCGAUGCUGGUGAGGCUUAGUAGCCUGGUAAACCUUGAUGGAUGGUUCGGCAUGUUUUUCCUGUGCUGCUCGAAGCCGUGCCCUUGCUCCUCCAUGGAUUCCCUGACUCCGAGCUUCAUGUAGUAGGCUGGUAGUGGUCGGAUUAUUAGCCCCAUUGCUUUAGUUGGCACUGGGUCCAUUUGGACUGAUGCUAUUGAAGUCGUCUUUCUUGUUUUGCUGUUGCAAUUUGUUGCUAUUGUGUUCUGUUCCGCGUUCUUUCUUUCAAUCGUUCAAUGCUCUCGUUUUGCUUUGGCAAACACGUCUGGUCGUCCUGAUCACGUGAUUUCGUCACCAAAGCCAGCCGUUUUGUGCUCAAUCGACCAAGCUUAGAGAUGCCCUUUUCUCAGGCAUAUCAUUCGAAUGGUGUUUAGUAAACCCUUAAAUUGUUUAGCGUAACACUGAGCAACCAUUCCAGUCAAAAACAUUGUAACUGUUACUUGA